UGUUCUCCCUUUUCAACGUGGUGUCUUUUAAUAACGGACCUUGCACGAGUUCAAGCUCAGUCGGGAGUGGGACCAACGGAAACCGAAAUGGCACGUGUUACACCUCUGAUGAAUGUACUCAGAGAGGCGGAAGUCCAUCUGGAAAUUGUGCCGCAGGAUUCGGCGUGUGUUGUGUGUUUUAUUUAUCAUCCGGUGGAUCAACGUCCCAGAAUUGUUCCUACCUUCGCAAUGAUAAUUUCCCGUCAGGAUUGUCUGGAUCCAGUGGCCAGAGCUACACGAUAAAUAAAUGUUCUUGCGACGUGUGUUAUUUAAGAUUGGACUUUUUAACCUUCUCCAUCUUGGGAAUGGCCGACAAUGAGGAAGUUAUGGGUGGUAUGUGCGUGGACACUCUGAAAAUCACCUCCAGCUCCAACGAACCUAUACCGGAAAUUUGUGGACAAAUUUCUGGUCAGCACAUCUACGUCGAUAUGGACCAAGGAUGCUCAGGAAAUGCCAAACUGGAUUUCUCAUUUACGGGCACUGCCUCCACAAGAAUUUUUGAAAUCAAGGCCACUCAGAUCAAAUGUGGAUCGAGAUCAACGCCCCCUGAUGGUUGUCUGCAAUAUCAUACGGAAUUGGACGGGCGAAUUCAGACCUUUAAUUACGCCCCCACCGAUGAGACCCAUCUACCGAAUCAGGAGUAUGCCAUUUGUAUUCGUCAAGAGCUUGGAUAUUGUUGCGUCGAGUACACGGUGUGUCCCGAUGAUGUUCCUUUAGGAUUCACCCUCGGCGUAUUAGAACCGGAAAUGGCCAAGCAUGACUCCGAUUGUGAGAGCGUUGAUUUCGUUGGAAUUGAAGGAUCUUCCUCUGCAUGCCGACAAUCUGGAACACCUGCUAUGCUUUAUUCAAAAUAUUGCGGCGAUAAACUAAACGAUUUCACAGAGGGAAAACUGCAUGUUCCUAUUUGCGAUUGUACGCCUCCUUUCCUUGUACGAAUUUAUACAAAUAUGUUCUCCGAUAAAUCAAUCGCAGCCGAUCCGAAUACAAAACCUAGUAGAGGAGUGUGCUUGGAGUACGUUCAAAUUCCUUGCAACUAAUUGGAUUUCUCCCCGCCAAAGUUCUUAAUCGGGGUUAUCCCGAACAUUAAAUCGACUAUUGUUCAUUUGUUUUUGAAUGACUAGUGUAAUAUGCUCAAAGGAAA